AUGCCUGCUGCUCUUUCCGACACCCAGAACCGCUACCUGGCCAUGGCCUGGCUCUGCAUUGAUGCUGAACCCAAGAUUGACUACGAAAAGUUCUCUCGCCUCACUGGUUCCAAGACCGCCGCGUCUGCUCGAGAGAUGUUGCGCGUCACCAAGAAGAAGCUCCUCGAGUUUGACUCUGCCUCCUCCACCGCCAACGGCACUGUCGCUCCUCCCAACACUCCUGCCGUCAAGACUCCCAGAAAGAGGGCCACCCCCAAGACCAAGAGCACCACCAAAGCCAAGUCCACCAAGAAGCGCAAGGUCGCCAGUGACAGCGACAACAGCGAGGAUGAUGACGAGACUCCUGUCAAGAAGAAGACUGUCGUCAAGAGCGAGCCCACUAUCAUGUAG